AUGGAUGUUCAGCAUAAUCCAUUAAAUUGGCCACCCGCAACAAUCGCCAACUUAGGCAUGGAUGCAAUGCUGCAGUAUUAUUAUGAAACAAAAAUUGAAUCAAAGUCCUUUUUUGGAGCAAAAUGUCUUUUCGUUGGAGCAAAAGGGGCAGGAAAAUCUAGUUUAGCGAUGAGCAUCGUUGAUAGCCAAAGCCGGUUAACUGAUUUGAGUGAGGAGAUUACCCACGGAAUCGAUAUUCGGGAUAUCAUAUUUGAUGCUUCUGGCUUAGAACAAGAAGAAACGAUGGAUUCUAAAGAAAGCAAGCUGUCAGAAUACUCUGAUUAUAGUAAUGAUGGCCAUCCAAUUACUUUGUCUAUUUGGGAUUGCUCCGGUAACCCAAGCUACAGAUCUCUUAUAACUCAUUGUUCCAAGCUUCCUGCCAUAGUGGCAAUUAUAAUUGAUUUAAGCAAAUAUCCGCUGGGUGAAAUCUCUGAGUUAAGAGAACUUAGUGACAAGAAUCUAUUUUAUGAACAAGUAGGUUAUUGGCUUGACAUGUUGCUAUGGACGAAUAACCAUAUUGUUGCUUUGAUAGUAGGGAAUAAGGCCGAUCUUUGUAAUGAGCCAACACGUUUACAAACUCUAUUAAAUAAAGCAUUCUCUGAUUCAGUAACUUAUGCAAACGACCGAGUUCGACGUAUAGCUGAAGAAAUAUACAAAAUAGAAAGCUUACAGCACAUUUCUCCUGGAGUAGCAGAACAAUAUCGCAAACUCGUUCUCAUGAACCAGUCGCUGAGUAUCUCGUUUUAUCCUAGUCCGCUUGCUACUACUUGUGUUGACACUCUAGAUGGUCAAGAAACCUUAAAGCAACUCUGUAGAGCCAUUAUUUAUCUGGCUGCAAAAACACCAGGCGUAUCUCCUUUCUGCCUAAAGCAGAUUCCUUCCAAAUGGGCUGAUGCUGAAGCCUUCUUUGCUGAGCUUACAAAUGAAAAUUACAUUGGCGGAACUUCUUGUAGUAAAUAUGUAGAUCAAGGUCCACUUAUGAGCUUCGAAGUAUUUGCUUCAAUGAGUUCAAUUCACUUCUCAAUACCCCCGUCAACCAUCUUUCCACUUGCGCAGUAUCUCCAUGAUAUUGGAAAAGCAUAUUGGCCAGAGGCAAUGAUUUCACGAAGUGAACACCUGAAUCUGAUAGAACUGAGAGUUUUAAAUGGCAUUGCACCAAAGCAACUGAUUUGUGUUUGUCCAAGUCUUCUGUUGGAAUGCAUUAGCUUGCUUGUCAGAUGUGAUCUUUCAGAAGUUUUGGACGGCUCUAAAGGAAAUAAACAGUUUCUAGAGGCUGUCUUAAAUCGGCUUAGAUCUGCUACAGGAGCUGGUGCACAAAGGCGGCUAAAACAAGCAAUAGAAGAAAUAAUUAAGGGAAAUGGAAUACUUGGUGCUAAUUUGUGGACGGCUAUAGUUGAGUCUAGGCAUCUUUAUAUUUUAGAGUCAUAUCUUCCUAUGGGGCAACUCUUUCUACAAUUCAUAUGGCUAAUAACUUCCGAUUCAGCUACCGAGAAUGUUGAACGAUUUGGCCUUCCAAGUCUUUUGUUCCCAUGCCGAAUAACCGCAACGAUUGAGGGAGACGUUUACUUGAACAGUCCGUUUGAAUCCAGUGGUCUAGAGGGUGACUACGAUACCAGCCGUCAUCUUCAACUGGUGAAUAGGGUAUGGCAGGUUGCUGGAGCAUCUGGCCCUACACCGAUCUGCUUGGUUUAUAAAUUUCCAAUUGGGCUACCGGAGGAGUGUUUUCUCCGCGCUAGUUUUAAUUACAUUGGCCACUGGCACAAGGGCGUUCAGAUGUGGCAUUCAGCGACUAGACUUCUUCUCAGAUUGACACAAAAGCGCCUUGACGAUGGCGAGGAGGCGAUCCUGUUUGAGGUGCGCGCUCUUACAGAUGCAUUAGCUGAUAUUAAGUCACGACAACCAGAGGAGCCGGUCGUGGAGGAUACUGUGAAAGAGAGUGCUGACGGUUGUCCUGGCGAUGGCUGUUAUAAGCAGAUUUCAGAAAGCGUUGAGUCGAAGGUUGCUGAAAAAACGGCUGAAGCAAGCCUGAAGCGCAGACGUUGGCGCAAUUGGCCGAUCUCGAUAGCCGAGGUCUGGGAUCUGAUUCUGCCUGUGCUAUUGUGCUUCGAGAAUCUCCUCUCAGGCUUUCCAGGUAGAUGUGCACAUUUAAAGAAGUGA